GGCCGAGCCGAGCCGAGUCCAGCCGAGCGCAGCCGAGUCUGGCCGAACGGAGCCCGGCCGAGCCGGCGGGGCGGAGAUGGCGGCGGCGGAGCUGCAGGGGAAGUACCAGAAGCUGGCCCAGGAGUACUCCAAGGUACCGGGCAGCGGGCCCGGCGCCGCUCGGGGCUGCAGCGCCGCUUUCCGCGCGGUGCCGGGGGUGCCUCCCGGGCUGAGGCGGGGCGGCCUCGGGGGCUGCGGGCUGGCAGCAGAGAGCGCGGGCAGACGGCGCGGGCCCGUCUGCGGGACGUGCGGGAGCGCCCACGCCGGGCUCGGUGUGCCGGGAGGGAGCUGGCGGUGUUUGCCGUGCUCUCCCCCCGCCGGGCGGGCGCGGGCCUCGGUUGAUCCCUUGGCGGUGAGGGUUUGCCCCGGUGUGGGUCGGUCGUGCCCUCACCCGCGGAGCUCGGCGCUGGCAGCGUUUUGGGAGCGAGCAGGACGCUCGCUUCCACGUUUGCCUCCCGUCCGCCCCCCUUCUUCUGCCCCCGGUGACUUUGCAUCCUGUUUGUGGUGCUGCUUGGCACAGGGUCUGCGAAGAUGUGCAGCCCAUGCCUUUCCAAGGUGCCUGAGUUCUGAAGUAGCGGAGCCUUGCUCAGUACAGAGCCAUUCAUUCUUUCUUCUUCACUAAAGGAAGAGGAGACUCUUGGUCCUGAGUGGCAGAGUCCGCCAGCAGCCUUGGGGAAGAAAGGCAGUGCCUUGGUUUCGUGCAGCCCCACGCCAGCACCUGGCACAAGGCACUUGUCUGCAUUUGACUCUUCUCCCAUGUCUCUAAAUACUAUUACAUGGCUCACUGAACCAUGUCUCUAAAUACUCUUCUCCUUGGAACUCUUACAAAAACACCAUGUGUAGCAUCUAAAUAGUUUACAGAUUGAUAGCCAUUUAAUGCUGCCACGAAAUCGUUUGAAGAAAAUUUCACUUACUUUGCAGCUUUGUAGGUCACAGAAUUCACAUGUCUUGUUUUGUACAGAAGCUCUUUUAUUCCUUGGAGAUCAGUAGUGGCUGAUGAUGAAAUAAUGAAGGGAUUUUGGUUCUUGAUUCCUGAAUGAUCAUUGGAAAUGUGGCCUUCUGACUGUAGCUUCCAAAAGUUCCCUCUGCUGGAUUCUUUCUUUUAGCAUCAUGGUACCCAGAAGCUUUCUUCGGGCUUCAUCAUGCACUUCUCAGCCUGUGCCUUUUCUCCUUUGCUGGAACUAUUUUUUUUCCAUCCCAUUUCUCGUGCAGUGCAGCUCGUUGUGGGACUCCUCUUUGCAGAGCCCUCCUCUCUUUGUUGUUGGCUGCUUGUUGUGUGCAGGUGGGAAUGGAGAGUAGCCCUGCUCACUUCAGGGAGCUCUGAAAGCCACGCAGAGAGGUGGACAAGAGCCUGACAGCCUCAAGCAGUGCUGGGGGAAGUCCCUGCCAAAGGAUUGCUUUUCCUCUUGGUUCACACACCAGUCCAGAAGAAGAGACUCUGAAAACACACAGGUUGGAGCUGCUGGCUCUCUCCUGAAGGAACAUUCAAAGCAGCUUUGUGGCAGCCUGUGUGGGUCCCCCUGCAGCUGGGUCUGGGGUGCAGCAGGACUGAGCUGCUUCAAUCUCUGCACCUGACGUGUUCCUGCAGUAGUAGCUGUGGCACAAAAACAGCUGUGGAAAACUUCUGCACUGCUCCUUCUUGCUAGGGAAAUCCUGUGCUUGGAAGUGUUUCUGUGGUGCGCUGGGAGGUUUCUUGUCUUGCCUUUGUGAUGCCUGAGCAGCACAGUGGGAGUUCUGCAGGGAAAACAGCUGUGCUUAGCAGUGACUUCUGACCUUUGAAAUACUCAGUCAUCACACUGAAACAAUGAGCCACUGCUGUUUUACCCUGAAUCUUGCCUUUUAUGCACCUGUACAAACCCUUUUAAUUUAUAUCUGCAACAGCUGGACUCACACAUGUCAAAUGAAUACAAACUGCCUUUGAAGAAACCAGGAUUCAAGCAAUUUGCAAGGAAUGGGAAGAUGGAACUGUCAGUGUCCUCUUUGCUGCAGGGUAGAGCUUCGUGCUCAGAACCAAGUCCUGAAAAAAGGAGUUGUAGAUGAGCAAGCAAACUCUGCCUCACUGAAGGAACAGCUGAAGAUGAAGGAUCAGUCACUGAGGAAACUGCAACAAGAAAUGGACAGCUUGACCUUUCGAAAUCAGCAGCUUGCCAAGCGGGUGGAGCUACUUCAAGAUGAACUUGCAUUAAGUGAAGCUCGGGGCAAAAAGAACAAGAAAAGUGUAGACUCCUCAUCUCAGCUGAGUCAAGAACAGAAAAGUGUCUUCAAUGAAGAUCUUCAGAAGAAAAUAGAAGAAAAUGAACGACUGCAUAUACUUUUCUUUGAAGCAGAUGAGCAGCACAAACGUUUAGAAGCAGAGCUGAGGAGCAGACUGGAGGUUUUGGAAACAGAUGCUGCCCAGCACCAAGCUGUGGUGGACAGCUUAACAAAGAAGUACACAGAGACCAUAGAAAAGCUGCAGAACGAUAAAGCCAAACUAGAAAUCAAGUCUCAGACACUAGAAAGAGAAGCUAAGGACUGUAGGCUUCGAACUGAAGAAUGCCAGCAACAGCUAAAGAAUCUUCAAGCAGCUUUGGGCAGUAGACUGGAAGAAUCUCUAUGCAUAAUUAAUGAAAAAGUACCUUUUAAUGACACAAGAUCUGCUCGAUACAAUGCUCUGAAUGUACCAUUGCACAACAGAAGGAAUCAGCUGAAGCUGCGAGACCUUGCUGGCCAGGCCAUGGCUUUUAUCCAAGAACUUGUAACAGCUCUCCUGAACUUCCACACAUACACUGAGCAGAAGGUACAGAUCUUCCCCAUUGAUUCUGCAACAGACACAAUAUCACCCUUGAAUCAGAAGUUCUCACAGUAUCUCCAUGAAAACGCUUCCUAUGUUCGCCCUCUGGAGGAAGGAAUGCUGCACUUGUUUGAGAGCAUCACGGAGGAUACUGUGACAGUCCUGGAAACAACUGUGAAAUUGAAGGCCUUCUCAGAACAUUUAGCUUCCUACUUAGGCUUUUUAAGAAAGAUUCUCCCAUAUCAGUUAAAAAGUUUGGAAGAAGAGUGUGAGUCUUCUCUUUGCACAGCUGCUUUAAGAGCUAGAAAUAUGGAGCUGCACAGAGACAUGAAAAGGUUGACUGCAGUCUUUGAGAAGCUCCACACGUACGUCAGUCUUCUGGCCUUACCAAGUACAAGACCAGAAGGACUCCUUAGGACAAAUUACAACUUUGUGUUUACAAACAUUGCUGCAAGUCUUCAUGGAUUCCAUGACAUUUUAAAAGAUAUUUCCAAGCACUAUAGUCAGAAAGCUGCUUUAGAACAGGAAGUUCCAACUGCCACACAGAAACUCAUAACUACAAACGACUGUAUUUUAUCCUCUGUUGCUGCUUUAACAAAUGGAGCAGGCAAGAUGGCCUCCUUCUUCAGCAACAACUUGGAUCACUUCAGCACCUCACUGAGCUACGGCCCCAAGGGAGGAGCAGAGUUCAUCAGCCCUCUCUCAGCUGAGUGCAUGCUGCAGUACAAGAAGAAGGCAGCUGCUUAUGUGAAGUCCUUGAAGAAGCCUUGUGCAGAUUCAGUGCCUUAUGAAGAGGCUUUAGCCAAUCGCAGAGUUCUGCUGAGUUCUACAGAAAGCAGGGAAGGUCUUGCACAACAGGUCCAGCAGAGUUUGGAGAAAAUUGCAAAACUUGAACAAGAAAAAGAACACUGGAUGUUGGAGGCUCAGCUGGCUAAAAUUAAGCUAGAGAAGGAAAACCAAAAACUGAAGAACUCUCUUAGUGGACAUUUAACUGAAACUAUCCAGGAGCAUUCAGUUCUGCCAAAUAUAGCAGAACAAAAGAAGGAAACCACAGAAAAGAGUCUGAGGGAACCUAUUAAGAGCACCAGUCUGAUUGGAAUGUUGACUGUAACUACUGAUAAUGAAAAGGCUCCAGAUGUUGAGUCUCGUGAAGACCUGAUAAAAACUCACUACAUGGCCAGGAUAGCAGAGCUGACCUCUCACCUGCAGCUUGCUGACAGCAAAUCAGUGCACUUCCAUGCUGAGUGUCGAGCACUUGCCAAAAGACUUUCUCUGGCAGAGAAGUCCAAGGAAUCGCUCACGGAGGAGUUGAAGCUCGCCAGUCAAAACAUCACCAGAUUGCAGGAUGAACUGAUGACGACAAAGAGGAGCUACGAGGACCAGUUGAGCAUGAUGAGUGACCACCUGUGCAGCAUGAAUGAAACCUUGACAAAGCAAAGGGAAGAGAUUGAUACACUAAAGAUGUCCAGUAAGGGGAAUUCUAAAAAGAACAAAAAUCGAUAGUUUACAGCCGAGUCUUUGGAAGCUGCUGCUGCACAGGAUGCAGAUAGUGACCAUUCAUUAUCCAGUUCCUGUUUGUUCCAGAAAGCUGAGGCUGGUUUUGAGUCUAGUAAAAACUGAAUUGGUACUGUAAAUGGCUUAAAAAUAUUUAGAACUUGUAACAGAUAAAACAGAACUUAAUGUUGGCUCUAAACCAGGAAAUACUCUGUGGAUAAUUUAUAUAGUAAUUACCUUCAGUUUUUACUGUGCACUUUUUAAAACCAAGUUUUGAUUUCAUGUAACAACUUCAGAUUUUGUAUAUUUUCAAAUAUGUUUCUGCAUUAACAAAUUUGGAUUGGUGCAGUAGGUGUCUAUUUUUGAGUUCUACAUUUAAUGGUCAGCACAUGUACAUUCCAUUACUUGUUAAUAACAGUUUAAAAAUGAGUUUGGAGAGUCUUUUUGGCCAUGCAAGCUGUGCAGUUACUGUAAAUGUACUACUCCUGUUCUCAACCCUCUAGAAUUAAUUGGAAUUGUGGCUUGAAAUGAUUUUUACAAAUUCACCAAAUAAAUGGGAUCAUUGUUAGGCUGCAACAGUGGAAACCUUUCCUGCUUGCAUUUGGCACUUUGGAUUUCAAGGUAAGGAGCACAAAUGGCUGAAUUGGGCUACUUCAGUGAAAUUGCUUUAAGGCAUUUCUGUAACAUUUUGUUUACACGUGUAUGUAAAUAUAUAUUGGUUGAAAUAGCUGUUUAAGGCUAGAGGAAACUGUGAUUGUCAUUUACCCUAAAAGAGUGAAACAAUGUGUGUAGAAUAGAUCAGCUUACUGUGCUCUCUUACAGUAAAGAAUAUGAAAUAUGUAGAAGAUUUAAGCACUGAAUUUGCAAAAGGUCUUCAUAGAAUUGAGUUGUGAUGGAUUCACUGGGGAGAUGCACAUGGCUUUUCCUGUGUUUUCAGAAGUUUGUGAACUUCAGGCCUCUCCUAAAUUUUGUUGUUUUUUUUUUUUUCAAGUGAAGUUUAAUAUCACAAGUUUUCACAGCAUUGAUUUGUUGUUGGGGUGGGGUUUGUUGGUUUUGGGUUGUGGUUUUUUUUUUUUUUUCUUCAAUCAGAUGCUGUGCUGCUUCACACUUUUUACACCAGUCUUCUGUUCCAUAAUUUCUAUUAUGGCACUUGUUUGUCCCACGGGGGUUUACUCUGAUAUCAGAUGUGCUGAAAUGUAUUAUCAGUAUGUAAUAAUAAAAUCAACCACCUGAAACCA